AUGUAUCUAUGUGGCUCUCUAUCAAUCUAUCUCAAUACGUUAAUAUCUAUCUGUAUAUGUAUAUCUGGUCAUAUCCAUAUACCUAUCUAUCUAUCUAUCUAUCUAUCUAUCUAUCUAUCUAUCUAUCACAGUCUGUUCAUGUCUAUCGAUUUAUCUUUCUAUCUAUCGCAAUCUAUUCAUAUCUAUCAAUCUAUCUCAGUUCAUAUCUAUCUAUCUAUCUAUCUAUCUAUCUAUCUAUGUCAGUCUGUCAUAUCUAUCUAUUUGUCUAUCUAUACCUGUAUAUAUUCGUAUUCAUUGCUUCACACCUCUCUAAAUGCUUCUGAUAUCUAUCUAUCUAUCUAUCUAUCUAUCUAUCUAUCAAUCUAUCUAUCUAUCUAUCUAUCUAAUUCUCUUCAUAUCUAUGUCAUCUGUCCAUUAUCUAUCUAUCUAUCUAUCUAUCUAUCUAUCUAUGUCAUUCUUUUCAUAUCUAUCUCAGUCUGUUCAUAUCUAUCUGUUUAUAUCACUGUUCAUAUCUAUAUAUCUAUGUAUAUAUGUAUGUAUCUGUCUAUCUAUCGUUGCAUCUAUCGCAACCUGUUCAUAUCUAUCUGUCUAUCUCAAUCUGUUCAUAUCUAUCUAUCUAUCUAUCUAUCUAUCUAUCUCAGUCUGUUCAUUAUCUGCCUAUCUCUCUCUGUCUCUAUCUAUCUAUCUAUCUCAGCCUGUUCAUAUCUAUCUAUCUAUCUAUCUAUCUAUCUCAGUCGGUCCAUUAUCUAUCUAUCUAUCUAUCUAUCUAUCUAUCUAUCUAUCUAUCUAUCUCAGUCGGUCCAUUAUCUAUCUAUCUAUCUAUCUAUCUAUCUAUCUAUCUAUCUCAGUCUGUUCAUAUCUAUCUGUUUAUAUCACUGUUCAUAUCUAUAUAUCUAUGUAUCUAUGUAUAUAUGUAUGUAUCUGUCUAUCUAUCGUUGCAUCUAUCGCAACCUGUUCAUAUCUAUCUAUCUAUCUAUCUAUCUAUCUAUCUAUCUAUCUAUCUAUCUACCUCAGUCGGUCCAUUAUCUAUCUAUCUAUCUAUCUAUCUAUCUAUCUAUCUAUCUAUCUAUCUAUCUAUUCAUCUAUCUCAAUCUGAUACAACACUAUCUAUCUCAGUCUUUCCAUUAUCUCUCUCUCUUUCUCUCUCUAUCUAUCUAUCAAUUGUCUGUCUAUCUCUCUCUGACUGGCAUCGGAAUGUGUCAGUGUCAUGGUCCAGGCAAAAUCUUUUCUUUCUUUCUGACUUUUACUCUCCCUAUUUUUUAUCUCAUUCUCAUUCUCUUAAUCUUUCUUUUCUCUCUCUUCUUCCUCUUUCUCUCGGGCCUUCCUUUUCUCAAUCUCUUCAUCAUUCCCUCUCUUCAUCAUUUCGCUUUGACCCUCACCCCUUCUUUAUUGCUCUCUAAUUCUACCUCCCCUUCCUCUAACUCCUUCUUUAUCUCUUUCGCUUUCCCUUCCUCUUUCUGUCAUUCCUUUCUCUUUAUAUUUCUCUUUAGUUCCCAUUAG